AUGAUUGUGAAUCCUGAUUAUAUUGAUGAAAUUUUGUCAGUUUUAGAAAAAGAACUGGAACAGUAUGGGUUUGAAUUUCAUCCUUUUAAAGUCAGUUGGUACAAUGCCUUGGUUGAGACGGCAUUCAGGCUGCCUGUUGAUGAAGAGACUGUGGCCUUCUUGGUCAUUAGUGUGCCUAAAAUGUUUGAGAAAGCUUUCAUACCAUUUUUGAAAAAAAACAGAGACAACCUGUCGGACCUGCAAGACCCGAUCGACCAGUGCAUGAAGCAUUAUAUGGGUCUUGUGCCCAAGCUGUUUGACAAACAUAAAGUGGACAUUGUUCACGAUUUCGAGCUGCAUCCCAAUCGGAAGCCGAAGAUAGUGAUGCAGUGUGCCGCCCAUGCAGCUGGUGCCGCCCAUCUCUACCAUCCAUCACAGAUGGCUAUGUUAGCUACUCGUGAUGACAAGUUGUUCCCGUAG